CUCAGUCCUGUUUCAGACCUGGUUCAGUUCUGGUUCUUGGACAUGUUCCUCAGGGUGCUGCUCCUGUCCCUCUGGUGUUGGGGGGUCCUGUGUGCAUGGGUCCUGAGUGCAGAAAACAACAGCUCAGCAGAGUCGUACAGUCUGAGGCUGGUGGGAGGAGCCAGUCGCUGUGAGGGGGAGGGGGAGUUUCAGAGACCAGGUCUGAACUGGACUACAGUGGGUCCAUUUGACAUGACUCUUGGGUUUGGGGCCAGACUGUGCUCGGUGCUAGACUGUGGCACUGUUCUGUCUGUGGGGCGUAAUACUGGUCUAGAAAGAGAAGUUGUGAUGGGUUAUCCUCACUGUCAACAAACAGCCCUGAUCCAGUGUUUUAGGACUGGAUAUCGCUCAGGAAGCAGUCUGCAGCUCCAGUGUUCAGACUCAGUGCGGUUGGUCUCGGGGUCCGGUCUGUGUUCAGGAUCAGUGCAGAUCUGGGACGGGUCCUGGACCGAGGUCUGUGACGGGGACUUGGACCAGCGGGGGGCAGAGGUGCUGUGCAGGGAGCUGGGCUGUGGGGCUCCUUCUCUCCUCCAGGGGGCGCUCUCUCCUCUGGGGCAGACGUUCCACUGUGAGGGCCAUGAGUCUGCUCUGAUGGACUGUCCCCGCUCCAACUCAAGCACCUGCUCCUCUGGAGCCACUGUCCACCUCACCUGCUCAGAGCCGAUCAGGCUGGUGGGAGGAGCCACUCGCUGUGCUGGGACAGUGGAGGUGAAACUCAGAGGAGAGUGGAGACGGAGAGAAAGAUGA